UCCCGCAAAAAAACCAGCAGCCCACAUUGUCGCACGUUAGCAAACAACCGUAGCGAAAAGCAACGGUGCGGUGCUUUUCCUGGCCAGAAAGAACCUGAGCGCAGAGAAGGAUGGAAUCCGGAGCUAUAAUGGCUUCCUCCACUCUUGCCGCUCCUCACCACCACCACCACCACCACCACCAAAGAUGCGUACCUCAUCCGGAUUCCUUCUGGUUUCCCUCGCGUCCACCGCUCCUCAGUUUCCCUUCCCUCCGUGGAUUCCCUCUCCGAGCCACCGCUGCUGCACUAACAGUUGAGCCGGAUACUCAAGUAAAACAGGACUUUUUGGAAGUCAACUUGCUUGCAUGUCCAAUAUGCUAUGAACCGCUGAUGAGAAAAGGACCUUCAGGGUUAAAUUUGCCAGCAAUCUACAGGUCUGGAUUCAAGUGUCUGAAAUGCAACAAGUCAUUCUCCAGCAAAGAUGUCUACUUGGAUCUGACUAUUACUUCAGGAACAAAAGAGUACAAUGAGCUCAAGCCUACAAGAACCGAGCUAUUUAGAAGUCCAUUUGUCUCAUUCCUCUAUGAGAGAGGAUGGCGUCAGAACUUCAACAGGAGUGGUUUCCCGGGUCCUGAUGAAGAGUUCAAUAUGGCUCAAGAGUACUUCAAGACUGUAGCAGGUGGUCUGCUUGUCGAUGUGAGCUGCGGGAGCGGCUUGUUUUCAAGAAAAUUUGCAAAAUCUGGAUCUUACUCUGCUGUUAUUGCGUUGGAUUUUUCUGAGAACAUGCUUCACCAAUGCUUUGAAUUCAUUAAGCAAGAUGAUACUCUUUCCACUAUGAAUCUUGCUCUUGUAAGGGCUGACAUUUCCAGGCUCCCCUUUGCAUCAUGUUCGGUUGAUGCCAUUCAUGCCGGUGCUGCCUUGCACUGUUGGCCCUCUCCUUCCAAUGCAGUUGCUGAAAUAAGUCGUGUCUUAAGAAGUGGUGGUGUCUUUGUGGCGACCACCUUUUUGUCCUCUCCUUUAAAUAGUCCAUUCUCUUCUGGAGCUUUGAGGCCUCUCAGACAGUUCUUUGGGCAAGAGAACAGCAGCUAUAACUAUUUUACUGAAAAAGAAAUUGAAGACUUGUGCAAGUCCUGUGGUCUCAUCAAUUACACAAGCAAAGUACAAAGGUCCUUCAUCAUGUUCUCUGCACAGAAACCAUGACUCGGGAGUUGAAAUUGAACUUCAUGAAAAUUUUGGAAUGAUAGCAAUCUCUGAAGUACUCGUAUCAAGAUAAUAUAUAUGAUCAGAGCAUGGGACUGGAAAGAAACAAAUAGUUGGUGAAGUUGUUUUAGGUGGUUAAUUGACAGAACCAAGAAACCCUAGUGAAAGCCAUUUAGGAAUACCAUUUGUAACUAUAUACGCGCUUUUUGAACUGGUUGGUUAUGACAGUGUCUAUUGUUUUAUUUUUAAACAUCAUGUUACGGGAAUUGCAGUAGAGGAUAAUGAUGGCUAUCUGAUGUAUUACCAGUCUGUAGUCAGUUAAUCACAUUACCAAACUGGGAAUAUAUCAUUAAUGAUAUUCUUAAUGGCAUUUGUUCUUUUUAUUUGCUACUAAA